UUCCGCUCUCUUUGUACCCAACUCUGACACUGCAGUCGCAUCCAUGCCACCUCGGCCACCGCUGCCACCGCCGCUCCACAACCUGACUUGGAACGACCGCCGGAGCUCCCCCCCCAACGACGCACAUGAACCCGGAGCCCACACCAUAAUAACACCCCCCCUGCAG